AUGUCCUGGAUUCCAAAUAUCCGCGUUCAGCGAUUUUUUCAGCAACUGCUUGUCAACUUCAGGCAAAUUGUAUCAAAUGUUCGUCAUUUUGGCGGGGCCCUCUUUCAAUGGCUUUUUUGUGGGCGUUGGAACAACCGAGAGCCUCAGUUGGAACGCGGUCUUAAUCAAGGUAAACUGAAAGGAAACGAACUUUACUGGGCAAAGCGGAAAAGUUGUGUAUCAGUAGGAAGAUGCAAUGUGAAAUGGAACACAUCAAAACACACAUAUAUUGUUGCUACUGAUAGGCAAGAACCAGUCGAACCCCUUUCUUGUGUUGUGUAGAAAGUCCUUUUUUACAAACCACGUCUAUCACAAAUUACAUGAAUAACUGUAACCUAUAAUGUUGUUUAUUUUCAUUAGCUAUUAAUCAUCACAACAAUGAAGCUCAGACAAGGCGUUCAAGUCUGCACCGUGAAGGAGGCAAGAAUAUAAAAGAACCUGUGGAGAAUGACGAGGGUAAGCUGAUAAAAUUUAAACAACUAAGAUAGAUUCCGAUUUAAGAAUACUGACCUUCUACUGAAAUAGAAGCCCCGAAAGAUGGUUCCUCCAGAAACCAUGCAACUUACAAUACAUGGCUAUGUCUUUUGUCUGGACGGAAAUCGAUCUAAUCAUGUUUGGGCCAGUUUGGAGAUCUAUGGAAGGCAAACACCCAAGUGAACGAAAAUAGGCUAGGAUUUCAGCUGAUUUUGAGCCAUUGUAAUGUCAUCACUUACAAAUGUUUUUGUGCAUGUUUCAUAGAGUCGUAAUAGAAAUGAAUUUUAUGUUGCUUCGGUGCAUAAUUCGCAGAAUUUUCUCCCUUUCUGCUAUGGCCUCUUUGCGAACUACCUUCGAAACAGCCUUUCUUCUAACAACUGAUCUUACUCCUUCUACUCUCGCGUUUUGGCGCGGAACUGAACUAUCUUUUGCAUAGGCUCUUCUAAUUUAUCACUGAAUUAUGCUCGAAGUGAAUGCUUGUUGAACCCCUUUCCAUAUUUCGGAUACGUUUUUUAUAAAAAAAACUUUUUCCUUUUUUCUUGAGCAAGAGCACUGUCAUGUGAAUUGUCUUACAUUGGAACGCUGUGUUGCGCUACAAAACGCUUUUGCGAAGAAUCGUAUCGUGUAACAUCACCUUUAGAGUAA